AACGUAACUCUAUAGACCUCCUUACAUAUGUACCUAUGUGUUAUAGCUUACCUACACAUUAUAUAUAAUAGUAUUAGUGACCUCAAAUACUUAUAGAGAGCACAACUUUCAAUGUCGCUCCUUACAUCGAUGUAACGUACCUAGAUUUAUUUGAUUUAUAGUAUCUAUAAUAGCACCUAGCCACCAUCGUGAUCGCAUAGCCAACCAUUAACAAAAUCCCGCCGCCCAAGAUGCCGCAAGCUCUCAUCAUCCAAAAAGUCGACGGCAAGCCCGGCCAAGUCUACUACCCCCUCCAAAUCGUCCAAGUCCCCAAGCCCAAACCCGGCCCCAACGAGGUCCUAGUCCGGAUCCACACCGCGGCCCUCAACCACCGCGACCUCUUCAUCCGGCAACACCUCUACCCCGGCAUAUCCUUCACCAACCCGCUACUAGCAGACGGUUUCGGCACCGUAGUCGAAUCCGGCCCCGGCCCGCAAUCCUCCCCCCUCCUCGGCAAAAAAGUCGUACUAACCCCGUCCCGCGGCUGGUCCAGUUCCCCCGCCGGCCCCGAAGACCCGAGCAAAUUCAGCGUCAUAGGCGGCACGACGCUGUACACAGCCGGCACGGGCCAGGACUUCGUCCUCGUGCCCGCGGAUGAAGUCGAGCUCGCCCCGCCGCACUUAUCCCCCGCCGAAGCCGCCGCGUUCCCGCUCGUCGGGCUGACGGCGUGGCGCGCGCUCGUGACGAAGGGUUUCGGCGGGGACAUUUCCGACGUCGCGGGCCGGAAUGUCCUAGUCACGGGCAUCGGGGGCGGCGUAGCGCUCUGCACGCUACAGUUCGCCACCGCGCUCGGCUGCAACGUCUACGUGACAUCCGGCGACGCCUCGAAGCUAGAACGAGCGCGCGCGCUGGGCGCUAAGGGCGGCAUAUCGUACAAGGAAGCCGGGUGGGAGAAGCAGCUGGCAGCGCAACUCCCCGCGUCGCGGCCGUACCUGGAUCUAGUCGUCGACGGUGCCGGAGGGGACAUUGUGGCCAAGACGGUGCGACUGCUAAAGGCGGGGGGUGUGAUAUCGAUCUACGGGAUGACGGUCGGGCCUAAGAUGGACUGGCUGAUGCAGGCCGUGAUGAAGAACGUCGAUCUCCGGGGCACGACGAUGGGGUCGCGCGCCGAGUUCCGGGACAUGGUGGAAUUCGUGCGGAAACACCAGAUACGACCUGUUGUGAGCCGUGUAGUCAAAGGACUCGACAACUUAAAGGCUCUCGAUGACCUGUUCGAGGACAUAAGACAUGGGAAGCAAUUUGGUAAACUCGUCAUAGAAAUCUCCUCGCCCGAUGAAGAGGCGGGUUCUAAACUAUAAAUCAAAGCCCAGGUUAUGGAGUCAACGCGUCGCAAUAAUUAACGAUAUUCUCUGCUAAGAGAAUCGUACAGGAUCACAUCCAGUGAUUCGAGUAGCUAGACCAUAGUAGCUAGGUUUUAGAGGUGCGAAUUACAUGCCU